AAUAUCCACAUGGAAUCUAUAUUCCAAGUAAUUUCACUAUUCCGGAUGGAAAUGCUUUUAAAUUUAUGCUAUAUUCUGGUGGACAUUUCUGGUUCAAAUGUAAUACUGCUAGUGGUAAUUGGGAUAUUGAUCAAUCUCGCAAUGUAUUUUUUAACAACAAAGAAGAUUUUUAUCAGUACCCACAUUUAACUUCGGCUGAAUUAGAUUUCAGAGGCAUAUCAUCUAUCCCAAACUAUGAUGAUUCAUCAAUGACAGUAGCUGUUAUUGGUACCGCACCAUCGCCUAAUCCAAGAGAGAAUCACGUUAAGGGCGGAUUACCACCACCAAGUAAAGAAUGUGGAACCAAAUAUCCAGAUGGUUAUAUCUAUUCUAGAACAUUUACUGCACCACUCUUAUUCUACAGAGCCGCUGAAAAAGAAUAUUAA